CGAGUCACGUGACACACGAGCGGCUCUUUCCUAGAUACGAGAAAGCGUCGCUUCACGGUCGCUACGCAGAGGGGGCUGGGUUUGUUCUAGUUGAACGACACUUUUGUACCCUUUCUUACAACGUCAAACUACGAUGGCAUUCCGUGGGAUACGUCUUACUCCCGUUUUAACAGCGACCUUUCUAACUUUUACGCUGUGUAAAACACGUUUCAGUGCCACUGAUGAUCUCUCUUAGCAUGACCGGGAAAGAUUAGUUAGCAUGGCAAGGAUCUACUAACUCCACUUCAUACCGCGACCACACCUCCUAGAGACAGUGUGGCUGCAGGUUCCUGUAUCCAGACAUGGGCAAACUACAGAGCAAGUUUCGAAAGAGGUCUGACCGGUACAGAGCAUCUCAGGGAGAGAAGGCCGAGAACUCCUGUGACAGUCAGGUGCUGCAGUACGAACCAGCCCAUCACGGAUCCGUCAACACUGUGACUAACCUCAGCCCGGAUUUGUGUGUCUCUGGUGGGACUGACCAGGCUGUUGUAGUGUACGACUGGAGACAAGGCCGGACGUGUCAGUCCUUCCAGGGCCACAACCGAGAGGUUACCAAGGUGCUUUGUUAUCCAGGUAGUACAUGGAUCUUUAGUGCCUCACGGGACAAGACUGUUCUGAUGUGGGACCUAAACCAGGGAGACGAGCCCAUUCAAGAGUUUUGUGGGCACGAGUUGGUGGUUAAUGGGAUAGCUGUCAGCCCAGAUGGGACAAAGCUGUGCACGGGCUCUCGAGAUAACUGGAUGUGCCUGUGGGAUAUCGAAACUGCAAAAUGUGAACAGAGACACAAUAUCUCUAGAAACCUGGUGACUCAUGUUUGCUGGGUUCCGGCUAGCUCCUCUGUCGUCCAGACCUCUGAGGAUAAAACCAUAAGAGUCUGGGACAGCCGUUCAUGGCAGGUGACCAACACCUUUCCGGCUAAGCAAUACAUCCAGACACACUGUGACGUCUCUCCAAAUGGGAACUACUUGAUUUCCAGCAGCAACGGCUUUGGAGGCCAGGGGUGUGAAGCCACGCUGUGGGACCUGCGGCAGCCUGGCUGUAAAGUUGUGGAGUACAGAGGUCAUCUCCAGACCACAGCCUGCUGUGUGUUUCUGCCCGUUUGCUGUGGUGGCACGGCAAGAGUUGCAACUUCUUCUCAUGACAGCUCAGUCAAAAUAUGGGAUCAAAAUACAGCAGUUUGUCUUGGAACGCUGUCACUGGACGGUGCCGGUCCACUGGUUUCUCUGGCUCCCAGUGAUCUCAGCAAUAUAUUGUGUGCCAGCUUCAACUCUGGGCUUCACCAUAUCCAGCUGGAAGAAGGAUCGCAGGAGAACCAGGCUGCUGGUACCGGCUCAGGCGGCUCGGCAGGCCUGGACAUCAGAGUCGUGGCUCGUUUUUGAUAACACAAACAUCUCUUUUUUGAACAUAAUUAUCUAUUUUUGGCUUCAGGAAAAGCUUCCAUGUUAAGAACAAUGCAGAGGUGUAUGACAACGGGAACAGACGAUGUUUGGAGGCUGCAUCUUUUCUCGGUCAACGUUACAAAAUGAUCCGUUUGGCAAAGUUGUGAGGACUUGUUAGGAUCAAAACACUGGAUCAGUCUCUAAAAGGAUCUGGACAGAACCAUCCUGUUUGUUUGGGAAAGUUUUUGAACAUGAUCCACACAGGGCCACAAACUGACAACUUCAGACUGAACUACUUUGGUAUCACAGCAGAAUAGUUUAGGUUUUUUACAGUUCCUUAUUUUUCUUUUAAAAAUAAUGAACUACUGGUAAAAGAGGGCUUUGUACCAGUGCACCCUGGCUCUCGUCUGAUGAUUGAACUCCACUUGACAGAAAUAGUUAGAACCAGGUAUUAAAAAAAAACAGCUAUUGAAAGGUUCCUGUGCAGUUGACCUAUUGGUUACUGAAGAGGGUAAACCUGAAUGCAUACGUGUUAUUGGUUCCAGCAGCCUGUCACGUUCAGACGGGCAUUCCAGUCUCACUUUCUGCCAAUAUUGUUCAAAUUUUAACUGCUAUUAUUGAGAUGAGUGUUACUAGUUCUUAGCUGUGCAACUUGGUGGGAUAGAUUGAUCUUGACCUCUCAAAUUUGAGUCAAUCAUAAACGCAUUUGUCUCCUAGAACCAAAAAGAAAAAAACCCAAACACAGUGGAGAUCUUUUAAAAAUGACUAUUCAUUCAUGUUUUAAAGAAUGUCCUCUUUUUUUGUUAAAAAAAUCGAAUAAAUGACCUUAUUUAAUAUUUUUAAGCACUGCAUAUUUAAUUGAUAAUGUGAAACAGUACAGACAAAUUAGUUUUUAUAUUUAUAGAGCUAAACUACUUCUUCUAUAUAGUAAAGUUUACUUAGAGAAUCUGAAGCCACCUAUAACCUUUUAUUUUUUUUUGUAUAUUUACAAACUUUUUUGGUUGUAAACCAAUUGAAAAAAAAAAGAGAAAACAUUCCGUUAGAUGGAUUUUUACUAGUUUAAACGAAUAUCUGUGUUUCAUGUAGGAAAACAUUUCAUAUUUUGAUCAUUUUUACAGAAGCCACUUAGAGUUGAUCUUUUGCUGUGGUAACUUUGACCUUUGCAAUAUCAAACCACUAUGGAUAGAAUGAGUUAUUUUUUUUAAAUUAAAUGAUGUAACCAUAGCUUCCAUGUUGAUAUGUCAUAGUUAAAUUGUAAUUUUGGUCACUUCCUGCUUAAUACUGGCAAGAUGAAUUCCAUCAUGAUGUGUGUAAAGUGUUAAUGACGGAGCUUAGAAGAAAAUAUUCUGUUAAAUAUUCCUCUUUUUUUAGAUCUAAUAGAUCAAAUCUAAAGAAAUGUUUAGCAGUUUCAAUUUAAAUGACUUGAGACUUGCUAAAAUAAAAAAACUUCAUCUUGUAAUUCAGUAAUACUUUUUUGUAGUGUGGUUCUUUUCAGCAAAGCGUUUUAUUCGGAUCAUCAGGGGUCUAACGUUCCAAAUACCUUCAUACCCUCUUUAUGAACUGUUCACUUGUUGCCAUUAUAUGUAAUAGCUACAAAACUCACUACUGCCACCUACUGUCAAGAAAAUGCUUAGAUCUAAAAUGAAUGCCAAACGAGUUUUUUUCAAAACGUCACUUUUAUGCAUAUUUAAUUCUGGAGCUGUUUAUUGUAAGUAGGUUGUAUUUUAUUUUUCUUAAGAAGAAAGAAAACCAAGAGGACAUUCAGGUACAUAGUACUGCACUGUUUAUUCAAAUCUGGACCUCAUUUUCACUCUGUCAACACACACACACACACAAAACUACACAAAAAAACAUUAAAGGUUUACAUGUUAAGACACUUCAACUGACAGCAGAACAGUUUGGUUUUUUUUACAAGUUGCUUUUUUUAAAGAAACAAAGAUAAAAAAUAUAUCAAAAUACCUCCUGGAAACAAAACACAAAGCAUUUGUGCUCACGAGAGUCAUCAAUGCCUCAUGUAAGAAAAUUCAACACAAAAAUAAGAAAAGCUGGAGAAAUACAGUACAGUGAAAAUCACAUGAUGGCAUUUCAUUCAUCAGACCUUAGACAUCAAAUAAAUAUCUUUCAUCAGCAACAUGUGAGAUCUAAACCCAGUGAUGAAGUGUUCCGUCUCCUUUAGUCUGAAUUGAGUGUUUUAAAAAAAUGCCAGAGAACUUUAAAAGAAACAAACAACAAAAACAAAAUGUCUACUUUAUGCAGUUUUCAGUGCUUGAAUAUAAGAUUUCACAGACAUCUUUCUGAAUUUCAAACCAGCUAAAAUACAGAAACAAGAAGAUUGGACUACUAAGACCUUAAGACCCACUCAACAUCUUCCAAAGACGGCAUUUUUGUGCACCAAAUAUCUUUAGUUAAACCUCGUCUCUCAACUUCAGGCGUUCAUAUGUUCACAGGCUGACCUGUGGGCUCUCAGCACAUCCCAAGACACCACAAUCAAGUGAGCUGCCUCUCUGUUAAAAGAAAUGGACGUAGGGGUCAGGAUCUGUGAUAGAGCACCAACACCAUCGCACAAUGAUGGACAGCUAGAAUCCAGAUCAAUCCCAUCAUUUUAAAGAGGUUAGGAGUGAAAAAAAGAAAAAAAAUCAAACUCUUCAAAAGUACAAUCCGGUUCUGGAUAAUCUGACAGAACAAAUCUGAUAUCUCCACUGAAGCGGUCAACAAUAUCAUUAUGAUCAGUGUAUCAAUAAAGGCAGCAUGCAUCACAAUUUAAUAUCUAUCACACAGGUCAGGCAUGACACCUGGGUGGUGGAAAAAGAACAAUUGAUUUAAAGCUUCCAAAGAAUGACAAAUAAAACAAAAACCCAAACACUUAAACGUGGCAGAACUGGUCUCCUUUUUCAAACAGGAAGUCUGACCUCUGAACUCCCACAGUGGAGAACAAAACAUCUCCCAUGUUUUGGUGGUUCACCAGAAAAAAGGAAUGCUCCUAACAUUAGCAUAAAAAAAAA